AUGGACCUUUAUUCCCCAUGGGGUCUCCAGUACAGUCAUUCUCCUACCACUCCAACCAGGGAGUCCUCCAACUCCAGACUGUCCUUUACGUGGAUUAGAGUUCACCAAGACUGCCAACUGACGUACCACUCUCUUAAGGAGAACAAGAGGAUGGGCAACAAAGCCACUGCCUACGUGGAACUGUCUCAUGGUCCCAAGAAGUCUGGCAAAUACAACGACUACUACUAUGACAAUGGUCUUGUGACUCUCAAAGAAGACAAGUAUCCAGGUGGUAAUGGCGUAUACAAGGUCACUCGUCACACCCCAAAAAAGGACUACACCAUCAGUGGCAUCUACCAUAACAAGUGUUACCAGUUUGGAUUCGAAAAUGAGUUACCCAUGGGAUGCAACAUAUCCGUCUACUUCAGUGGUGGUGACUCUGACCACAUGAACCCUCUGGUUGUCCAGUUGGAGGCUGGAGGUGUCAACAAUUUCUACUACCCCUGCAUCUUGGGUCGUGCCUGGGCCAAGACUAGACUCAUAAACCCUGAGACUCUACUUGACUCUCUCGAUGUUUUCAACUGUUCUAUCAACAGACUACACACAGUUGACUUGUCAGUGAGGACUGGAAUAUCCUGUCGUGGUUGCAGAGAUACUAAACGUGUGCUUGCCACUGAGUGUGAAACCGACGGAUCAUACUACAGGACCACUCAUCAGUGUGCCGACAAGUCACCUUUCUGCAUAAAGAGGCUCAAAGAAGGUUCAGUCUAUCAAACCUCUAUCCCAACUGCCAACAAGGUGACCUCAGUUGACACCUUUUUCCUUACCAAGGAACAUGGUCCUCCACUAGUGCUAUGCAUAUCCGACAGCUCUGGAAGCAAGUGGUACAGAAGAGUUGCCUCUAACCUUCCCACACUUACUGAAGUGAAGGGUGAAAGCAUGCCAAAGAAGCUGGAUGAGCAUAAGACGAUCAUGGAUCUACUCACUGAAGCCUAUGCUCCUUCAGUUGUAUUCGACUCCUCCAAGGGACCUACUGGAGACCACUGUUCCUACAUAGACUCCUUUAGUGGAGAGACUAUUGAGGUUUCAAAGGCUAAUGAGGGCAAGUAUGUGAAACUUACUCACCUGGUGAGAGGUAAGGACACAUUUAGAGUUAGUGGCAUAGUACCAAAGGUGGAAGGGUCUACUAAGGAUCUUACGACAACUGACGAGGUACUCACUCUCUCCAUAUUCUACUGGGUCCUUGACCCUGAGUACCAGUCUCCUCUACUCAUUGAACUUGAGAAGCCUAACAACACCUAUGACUACUAUACUCGUGAUAAAGAGGGUAACUGGAACAAAGACGGUCAAACUGGACCUAAAAAGGAAAAAUUGCACCUUAAGGCUCCUCUUGACGAGCAAAACUGCAAACGUAAUGAUGCCCAUACGUUUAACAUAGGCAAGAAGGGGUCUUAUAAGUGCAAGUGUCACUACUGUGUUAAGAUUCCUACACUAAUGAUUCAUCAACUUUUGGGUAGCUCAGAAUACUGGAAAUUUUCUGAUUACACUUCCAUAAACGAUUUUAUGGACGGACAGAAUAAACAGACUGGUAUACCAUGUUUCAAGGGUGUAACCACAGCAUUCGUUUUUUUCGACAUCAAGGGCACAGAUAAACCACUUCUUAUCUGUGUAAUGGCUGAUUCAACCAACGUAAAGGCAAGUGUAGGAGGAAAGUUCACUUGGUGCAAACGGGAGUCCAAACACGUCGAUAAAUGGGUAGUAAUAGAUGGUAUGCCGGAUAAUCCAGAGUCAAAUAUACAGGAUGUGGAAAAGAUACUGGAAAACUUUCCAGAGAAUACAAAGACACUGCAGAAAGUAUGA